AUGGUCGACGCGAAAGUAACCGAAGUCGUACCAUUUGACUUCGGUGAAGAGGAAGAAAGUAAGAGCGAUGACGCUCUUACUGAUAACGAUGCUGAAGAUGUCAGCAUCGUUCGAGGUAUCACAAGUGAGAACAGUAUUGUUCUCGCUGAAUUAGUAGCCGAUAUCUCUGCAGUGCAUUCACAAUGCACUGCAGCCAAAAGCAACGAGUCAGAUGAGGAUUUCCUUCUGACUCGUGAAGCGGUAGUCCGUUUCGUGCAAGACUGUAUCGCGGAAGCGGUGGAUAAGCAAAAGCGAAACGCAGACAAUAAUGGAAGGGCAAAUGCUCAAACAUUUAUUGAAGGUGAUUUAGUUUUACUGUCAACAGUAAACCUACCUAAACAUGUAGUGACUAACGUGGGCAGCAAUAAAUUGUUGCCCAAGUACAUCGGCCCGUUUCGUGUAUUGCGCCGCCUAGGCAACACAUACACGAUUGAGCUGCCACGCAGGAUGCGUAUGCAUCCUACGUGGUACGUGGGACGUCUUCGUCCGUACGUUCAGUGCGCGGCUUCUUCGAACGACGAAGAUAUCCGUCGCUUUUACCAGUCUCAAUCAGACUCAUGUGGUCACGAUCCAGGCUCGAUAUCUGGUCGUUUAGAGACGAGAUCGUCCCAUGACACUGUACGAUCUCCUGAAGAGCUGUCGCCAGCUAGUUACUCAGAUAAUGAAGCCGCCGUUCAUUUUCCAACACUGCGACAGCUUUUUUCUCUAGACUUCUCAUGGUCAAACCCAAGCUGCCGCACAAUGUCCAUCAAGCGGUAA